UGAGCCACGUUUGCAUAUAUAUAUCCCAGCUGUAGAUCUCUGGGAAUGGGGAGAGUAUUUUGACAGGGAUGAGUGGAUAAGGAACCAUCAAAGGAAAGGAGGUAUAGGCAAAGAGGAGGAGGAAGAAGCAGUUUGGAUGAGAGAAGAGCGCAAGCCCGCAGGCAAGGACCCGCGUCCCACAUAUUUGGUUCCUUAAGAAAGAGCACACAAUGGUGACGACUCUUUGAGAGAGAGAGAGAAAAAACGCCCUUCCAUUAGCUCACUUUCCAUCAUGAGUACCGAGUUAAACAUCCCCGUCGACCCUCCUGCCUCGGCCUGUUGCUCAGAGCCGCCUGCCAAAGGCAUGGACUACCGGGACUGGGUCCGGCGCAGUUAUCUGGAGCUGGUGACAUCCAACCACCACUCCGUCCAGGCCCUGUCAUGGCGGAAACUCUACUUGAGCCGAGCCAAGCUGAAAGCUUCCAGCCGGACCUCCGCGCUGCUCUCUGGAUUUGCCAUGGUGGCCAUGGUUGAGGUUCAGCUGGAAAUGCAGUACCAAUACCCCCCAUUACUGCUGAUCGCCUUCAGCGCCUGCACCACCAUUUUAGUGGCCGUCCACCUCUUUGCCCUCCUGAUCAGCACUUGCAUCUUGCCCAAUGUGGAAGCGGUGAGUAACAUCCACAACCUGAACUCCAUCAGCGAGUCCCCCCACGAGCGCAUGCACCCCUACAUUGAGCUGGCGUGGGGCUUCUCCACCGUCCUGGGCAUCCUCCUCUUCCUCGCCGAGGUGGUGCUCUUGUGUUGGAUUAAGUUCCUGCCUGUGGACUCCAUCUUGAAGAACGACACCACCCUCAUCCAACAGACAAGCCAGCACACCGGAUGGCAGGCAGCGCUCAUCUCUACCAUCAUCAUGGUCCCGGUGGGAAUCAUCUUUGUCGUCUUCACCAUCCAUUUCUAUCGGUCGCUGGUCCGGCACAAAACAGAACGCCAUAACCGGGAGAUCGAAGAGCUCCAUAAACUGAAAGUGCAACUGGACGGGCACGACAGGGGAUUGCAAGUUGUGUGAUCCACGGCGUUUUCACCUUGGUGUAGAGCAUUUUCCUAAGAGGAACAAAUGGAGAUGGAUAAGAGACACAAAUGCCAGCUGCUUCCUUCUUGCUGGCAUCCCACUGCGAUCCAGGCAGCCAGCUCUCUCUGGUCUUUCAUAUCUGUGGACAGCAUUGCCACCUUAUUAAAACUUAGAAAGCAUACCACAACCCAUGCAUUUGUUUAAAGAUGACUGUUACUCCUCUGAUUUCUAGGUUGCUACAAAAAAGCAGGUUAAACAGAGUGUGGGCUGCAAUUGAUUUUAAUGGGCACCAAUUUUCCCAAAGUAAGAUUUUUGAGGGUUAUUGAUCUAUGGAUUAAGGAAAGGAUCUCUUCUUAACUGUGACUCUCUUACUUGAAGUUGAUUUACAAACAUGGCUUUCAAAGAGGAGCUUGUAGGUCAUGAGAGAUCAACACAUUCUGUGGAAUUACUGUAUAUGGAAUAUGACUAUGCAGACGAUGUUUCUAGGAUAACAGGUGAGGGAGAAGCCAUCUGAGCCAAAUUUUUCUUCCUCUGUCCACUUCGGUUUAGUUUAUUCUUUGUUUCUGCAUUACAGCUUCUGUUGGGUGGAAUUAGUUAUCACUAAUCUGUAUGGACCUUUGGUUCUGUACAACUGGAUCCUUUGGAAGGAUGAGAGGGAAUCUACUUUGGAAAACAAAGAUAGAAUGCAAGGACUUUAAAAAUAGGAACUUAGUAUUUCACAUGCAAAAAAAACACCCCUUAUCCCUUCAGAUAGGAUAGUAUAGCCAAACUCUUAACAAAUUAUUGUUGCUGAAAACUGUAAAUACCAACUAAAUUUUGGUCUAGAUAGGGCACAUCAUCCACUUGGAAAAGACUGUGGUUUGAUUUGUGACAAUGCACAAAGGGUUGGGGCUGACAUCUCUAUCCAGCUAGUGAAUAUAGUGAUGGUGGCAUCACCUUCUGUUUGCAUUGUCUGUGUAUGUAGGUGCACAGGCAUACGCACAAGUAUAAAGUCAUACAAAACUGGAUGAGAAAUGAUUUGGGCUACAUUCACAUGUUGUGCCAAGCCAUGGCUUAGUAAGGCAUGACGUGUUGAUUUAAAUAACCAAACAUAGAGAGCCAGUAGUGGUUGGAGCGAUGGACUACAACUCUUGGGUAUGAAUUCCUACUGGGCCAUGGAAAGGCACUGGGUAACCUUGGACAAGUCAACACUCUCUCAGCCACAAGGGAAGGUAAAGGCAACCCUCCUCUGAAUAAGUGUUAGAAAACCCCUAUGAUAGGUUCACAUCAGGGUUAUGUCAGAAACAACUUGAAGGUAUCCACCAAACAAACCAAGCACACUGCAAAUGAGCAUGGUUCUGAUGCUGGCCCCUUGCUGUGAAGCACAGAAUGGGCGAAUGAAGCAGCUUCAAGCCUUCACAGUAAGUUGGGGCGGUUGGUGUUGGGUGCUGCAGAGGAACGAAGGAAAUAUCAAUCCCCACAGCACCCAAAAACUACAUUUGCACACGCAAGGGUCACUUAUGCAUACCAAUGUCCCCAGCCCUUGCCUUCCUCAUUUUCCUGCCCUGUUUGUCCUGUGGGUAGCAAGGGAAACAAGCCAGAGAGAAGCAAAAGCUGCAGGUUCAGACAUCAUGCGAAACCAUAGUUUGGACAAACCAGCAGGAUUUGUACAAAACACGGUUUUUGAGUGUAAUCUGUAACCGGCUGUGUUUGCAGGGAAGGAUUUGGACACAAACUCACGGUCCACGACCUGAAAUAUUCCAGCUGGUUUCUCUUGUGCAACAGCACAUGCUUGGUUUUUGCUUUGGAAGCUGACGAUGUUGACUUUUUGAAAGGCCGACCCCUUGUACCUAUUGAUGGAAAAUGUUUUCAGCUUGAAAAAAAGGGAGGAAUAUUCUGGUGGUCCUAUUUUUCAUCCAAAAGGAGUGCAGUCUUUCUUUAAUGUCGCUAGGAUCCACACAACACAGCAUGUUCUUUUACGUGUGACGUGACCAACAGAUGUGGGCUGCUCAGUGCAACUAAGCUGGAAGACUCAGCUCUGUGCAUCUCGAUAUUGUUGUUAGUGAGUCAGUCCCCGGGAUGAGGCAUUGAAACCGGCUUUUUGAGCCGCCGUGUCCUUUUUCCCCAAUUGCUUAGGUGUCCUUGCAGUUAAUGUGUUAUGCCAACAGUGGGAAUAAUUGCAUGGCACACAAAUGGUUUAUGAUCGCUACAUUCCUCAAAAAGAAAAGUGCUUCUCUCUUGUUAUUUUUUGGUAGGCCAAACAGGGUCAUUCUGAAUGGAGAAGGCAGCACUUAACCCCGCUGCUAAUCUUUAGAGCGGUAAUAUGUACCUAAUGGCCAUACCUCAUUUUCUCCUUUUUCGUGCUUGGUUGCCUGUAGGAUACAUUAAUCGCAGUAUAACUAGGAAGUGUAUUGUAUUUGCAUUCUUCUCUCUUAAUUCCUUGGUACAUGUUAGUUGUUAAAACAUGCCUAAACUGCCGGUGAUUAAAUCCUUCUGGACAAUGUUUGUGCUGCUCUUUAAAAA